AUGGAACAGGGUUAUUUUACGAGCUCCAAUUAUGGCUUCAUUAGCGACUGUUUCACAUUUUAUAUUUUAGAAUUUGUUGAAGAGCGGAAUCUCAGGAAUAAAGUAGGUUCUAAAAUCAAAUUCCGGAAGGUUAAAAUGACCGACACUUUCUAUACUAUGAGGGCUAUGCUCGCAGAUUACUUAUUUGAAAAUUUCAAAUCUGAUACAAAUAGGUCUAAAAUGAUCGUUGAAGAAGUGUACGCCUGUGUUAAAAAAAGCGAAAGUGAAAUAGAUGAGACAAGGUCAAAUUACUCUCAAAGACUUCAUUCAGAUAAUUCCGGCUUGCCAGAUAUAACGAGUGGAUCUAAACGUAGUGAGAUCCUAGACAGUGAUGCACCUUUUGAAGUGACAAAGAAUUUAAUGAUACCAAGAGACGCUCUGGUUGAGUACAGCUUACAAGAAAUUCAACCGAGAAAUCUCUGCAUACAAGAAGAUAUGGCAUUACAACUCGACCGAGGCUGGAAAAUCUGA